AUGUCUUCCCAGCAGCGACAGCACCAGUGCCCACCCCAAAAGACACAUCAGCAACAGGUGAAGCAGCCCUGUCAGCCACCUCCUCCUAAAUGUCAAGAAACAAGUACACCGAAAACCAAGGAUCCAUGUGCUCCUCGGGCUAAGAAGCAAUGCCCACAGAAGAGCACAGCUAAUUCAGCUCAGCAGAAGUGUCCUUCGGCCCAGCAAGUCCCCAAGUGUAAACAGAAGUAA